UCGGAAUCGGAGAGAAUGGCUGCCUCCUCGUGCUCAACGUCGUCCUCGCUUCGAUUCCGCGCGAUCGCUGACGAGCCCCGCCGGCGCCCACAGAAGCCGGCGCCGGCGCUCGUCCAGACAAAGAGGAGGCUCACUUCGGCAUCUGGCGUUUCCGGCACAAGGCACGGCCUCAAUGUCCGGCGGCCCUUGACGGAGUGCCGACUAGCGGAGGUAGCGCAUGUGAGCUCCUGCGAAUUAACGCCGCCCGAUGGAGGAAAUCAGGAGGCUACGGGCCUCAAGAUCGGGAUCGUCGGGUUCGGGAACUUCGGGAAGUUCUUGGCUAAAGCUCUCUCUAAAUACGGCCACACCGUCAUUGCGACGUCGCGCACUGAUUACUCGGAGUACUGCCGGAACAACGGGAUUCAGUAUAUCCGGAGCAUCGAUGCGUUCUGCGAGGAGCAACCGGACAUCAUCUUCAUCUGCACGUCGAUCUUAUCGACGGAAUCGGUACUCAGGAGCAUCCCGAUCCAUAAACUUCAACGGGGGACUGUCUUUGCCGACGUUUUAUCAGUAAAGCAGUUCCCCAGGAAUCUCCUUCUGGAGGUGCUGCCAGAGGAGUUUGGUAUCCUCUGUACUCAUCCCAUGUUUGGGCCAGAGAGUGGCAAAAAUGGAUGGGGAGGGCUUCCUUUUGUCUACGACAAGGUCCGAAUCGCCGAAGAUGGUGUUCAAGACAAGAAAUGCAACCAAUUCUUACGUAUCUUCGAACAAGAGGGCUGCCGAAUGGUGGAGAUGACAUGUGAAGAGCAUGAUCGUCAUGCGGCUGGGAGCCAGUUCAUUACUCAUACCAUUGGAAGGAUCUUAUCGUAUCUGAACUUGGAAUCAACACCCAUCAACACCAAGGGCUAUGAGACCCUCCUCCAAUUGACCGAGAACACAAUUAGUGACAGCUUCGAUCUAUACUACGGGCUCUUCAUGUACAAUGUUAACGCGACUGCGCAGAUUGAAAACUUGGACAGAGCCUUCGAGACGGUGAAACAGAAGCUCUUUGGCAGGCUGCACGACAUACUGAGAAAGCAGAUUGUGGAGAGAGUCCCAUUCCAAGGAGUCUCCAACAGCAACAGGGACGUGGAGUCCCCUUACUUCCUGCUGAAGAGCGAGGAAGUGAAAGAUCUGUCUUCAUUCGCUGUGCCUGCUGAGGAUAAAAGCGAGCUUCUUGGCCUAACAAAAGAUACUGCUGAAGUUGUUCAAGUAUAGGACAGUCCCAGUUGUAAGGGUGCCCAGAUUCCAGCCAGUUGCAGUGAAGUUUCUGGGGGCAGCAACAGUUGGUGGGCUCUGAACUUGGCUUUCUCCACUUCCCUUUUCUUCCCCUGCUCUUUUCUUUUCCUUUUUUCCAAUAAAAAGUUUUUUGUAUACAGAAUUGCAGCAGGCUAGUACAUGGACUAGCUUGGCCUCCUUUUUAUUGGAUCCCACAUAAUCUGGUAGGUCUUGUGUUGUAUCACAUGGUAUUUGGUGUAUGAUUAGUAAAUAAAUGAAACAUAGGCUUACACUA